AUGGGGAUCACUAUUCUCUCUCCCCUAGUGGAAGAUGCCGGCGCCUCACUAUACCACGGCCAUGAGCACGACUCGGAAGGCGAUGUGGACAUGGAUAGGUUGCCGACCAAGCGGCCUCGUCUCGAUGGAGGGAGUGCGAGUUUGAAGGGCAUAGGAUAUGAGACUGGCACGGUUGUUCCUGGCGAAAUGGUCACCAACGAUCCGCAAUGGAUGAGAGGCCACGGCACAUUCACCACCCCAUAUUCGGCAUCAAUCAUCGCGACAGUCGCGGGCACAGUACAAAAAACGAACAAGCUUCUCUCCGUCCACCCUCUGCGGGCCCGCUACAUCCCAGAGAUCGGCGACCUCGUCGUCGGACGCAUUGUUGAAGUGCAGGCGCGAAGAUGGAAGGUCGACAUUGCUGCGCCAUUGCUAGCGCAACUACCUUUGUCAGCCAUCAACUUGCCAGGCGGUAUUCUACGCAGACGUACAAGUGCCGACGAAUUGCAAAUGCGAAAUUUUUUUGUGGAGGGUGACCUUGUGCUCGCUGAGGUACAGAGCGUCCAUCAGGAUGGAGCGGCGACGCUGCAUACGCGGUCUUUGACAUACGGCAAAUUGCGCAAUGGCGUCUUCAUGGCGGUGUCAGGUACUGGUGGGAGUGGCGCGGCGGCAGGCCGCUCGGCCACGACAAGGGGAGGCUCUUCCGCCUCGUCGUCUCAUAUAGCCGCGCCGUCGACUUCGGUUGGAGGCGUUGUCCGAUCGCGACGGCAGAUGUGGACAGUCAGCACAUCCAACGGCGGCGGCGACGUUCAGGUCAUUCUUGGAGUAAACGGGUACAUCUGGAUCUCCAAAGUCACAGAAGGCGCGGCGAAAGCGUCGUCUACUACGGAGACAGUCUCGAUUACACGGUUAGAGGAAGUCGCCACUAGCUCGAUCUACUCCAGUCAAAACGACGAGAUUCCGCGACAGACGCGACGCGAGAUUGCGCGGCUACAAGGUUGCAUUCGAGUUUUGGUGGAAGGCGGUAUCCGGGUUGAUGAGGACACGGUGAUGCGUGCGUAUAAUGCUAGCUUGGAAGCUGAGCUUGAGAUUGAUGGAGACGAAGGGGAUCGCGGUGAAGGAAAGGAUUAUUUGGGCGGGGAGAAGGCGCAACGGAUUAUUGAGAUGGUUGUUCAGGCUGAGUGA